UGUGCUCGUCCUCUUUCGUUUACAUGUACCUAGUUCGUUCCUGUAAAAGUUCUCAUUUUUAAAAUUUUAAAAAUCCUAGACUGUAUAGAUUUUUCAGUCAUUUCUUCAAGAGCUUAGUCCUGAAUACUUUCGGAGGGGCGCGUCCUCGAUCAGAGCUUUGCUGUUUCCAGCAGUGUUGGUAGUUAUAGGUCUUUUUACGGUUUUUACUUACACGCCGGUUUCAGUAUCCAGGUGGAAGGUAACGUCUUCUUAACGAUACAGCUCUGAAAGCUCCAGUAACGAGAUGUAUUCAACCCAUGGGUAUGAUUCGGAGGAUGAGUACUGUCCUAGAAAUGUUUGUCUUGAUGUUGGUGAACUGUCUGCAGACACUGAUCUCUCUAAGACGCCAACUUCUGGUCAGGAGUAUCUGCAGCAAGUCGUGUUGGAAGCAUCCAAAUAUCGUGAUGUCGUUGUGGCUAAUAUUGAUCGGUCCAAAUUGAAAAAACAAAAUUCUAAUUCUAAUUAUGGUUACUGGAAUUUUAUUCCAGAGGCACCUCCUGCCAGAGAUGAUCUCAAACCAACCAAAGCUUGGCAGUCUCACCAGAUGGAAAAUUUUUUAGCUUUAAAGUCGCAAGUAGAAUCAAUCAAAGCUAAAUUGUCGGAAGAUGGAAUCAAUGACUUGGAGUUAGUUAACCUGCCCAAAGCAGAGAGGGAAAAGAAGUGGAAAGCCUUAGUUUUAGAGCAGAAAAUUGUCCCGUCUCUGAAGCUUAUGUUAUCUUUUGAUCAAGUUCGAUGUGAGAAUCUUAUCAUUUAUGUCAAUGAAUGGAUAGAACAGAAAUUAAUUGAUAUUUGGGAGGUAGGACCCCUGCUGUACAGUGUCUUUGUGUGUAUGGAAAUGCCACUGGAUUCUAGUAUUGUCUUCAAUCUUCGCACUCUAGCACGGCAUUGCGCCUUUACGCGCGUUCAAGAGAACAAUUUAGAUGAUAAGAAAUUAGCCGCUUUGAAUCUCUUCAUUUGCAUCAUCAGCAAUUUUUUCGCCCAGAAGGACUUAAUGGAUGCCAGGAGCGAUGGCCUAUGAUCUCGAUUUCAAGUAUUUUUUUUAAAAUAUUCUCAGGUUUGUCGGAUAAUGCACUUGUUAUCAUGUCUUCCGUGAAGAUUAGGAAAGACUCCUUGGAAUUCACCUCCUCUCGGAAUGAUUUGAAUCUUGGAAAUUAAUUUUUUUUGUCAAAUAAAUCAAUUUUGGAUUGAUAUUUUACAACUUGCUAGCUCAGCCACAUAAUUCUUAGAGCAAUUUGUGUCAGGUAAUGAUCAGAUUAAUUGAAAAUUAAUAUCAAAGCAUGCGCAUAUUGCUGAGUGAUAUCCCGGAUUCUUCCAUCUCAACUUGAUAAGAACCAAUCUGAUCAAAAUGGAGUUUAAUAUUGUAUUCAGCAUCCAAAUGUACAUGGUAAUGUAAACGACCUAAAACCUUUGUGAUGACUCCAAAUUUCCACAAUUUGGGCCCUAUGUAGUUUCUGGCUUGAUAUUUGCAUUCAGAUUGAUCGUAACAAGAAAAUAAAAUAAUAAGGACACAAUAGUACAUUCUAUCUAAAGUGAGCGAGGAUGCCUUUUUAAAAUUAAAACAGAGUUAUUAUAGAAUGAGCAGAUAUUAACCAGUUUUUAAUGUCGCUCACUGAUAAUGCACACACACUCUGUUGGCACACACUUUUUGGUGGGAAAGGUGUGGGGAGGGGCUUCUCUGAUACCUUCAUACUUCACUACAGAAGCAUAGGAAAAAUAAUCUCAAGACAAGGAGUGAGUAAAAAGAACAAAAAGUAAGAUAUGUGCUUUCUUCUGUUAGGUAACAGGAAAAAAUUGUAAAAUCUUUUUCUUUUCACUGUUCAUUACUAAACUUCAAUGAAAAUGAGACAACUGAUGCCUUUCUACUGAUGGAGUGAGAAAAAAACAGCCAAAAGUCAAGCCUUAGAGUCCAGCGCCAUUGUAGUCAGUGUCUGUUGUUCUUUUCUUUUCUCAAGAGGAUCAUCAUUGAACAAGGUAGAAUCUCUAGGGAUUGAGUGGGUUAGUAUCCCUGAAACUUUAUUUAGUUCACUUAUGCUAGUGGGUACUUUAGUAUGACUAGGCAGAGAAACAUUUAUCAAAGAGUUAUUACCUCCUUCAAUUUCUGUGAGAUCGUUCAAGGUUUGUUCGCCUUCACUAGGUUCGGUGAAAAGUGCUGCAUCAGUAGACUUGUUCUUUCCCUCAGUCCUUGUGAGGUGCCUCAAAGCUUGCUCCAGUUCAGCAACUUUUGUUGACAGAGCAUCCAGUUUGGUUUUGCAGCAAUUGCAGUCAUCUUUUGAUAGUCAAUUUUCAUUAAAUGUAACGUUGUUGUGGUGCGACUUAACCUCAUUUUUCUUCUUGGGAGAUGUGUAGAUCAUCUUACUUGUGGUAGGUGUAUUAACCAGUUUCAAGGCUUCGACUGGUUUGGUUGAUUUUCUGAAUUCUUAGUAGGCAGAGUACCCUGUUCGAAGCUGCUGUUGCGAGUAUUGGUGCCGUUUUGAAAGGAGCUACGGCUCUCACUUGAGGUCGACCUACCGCUUUCACUUGAGGUUGAGCUACAGCUUUCACUUGAGGUCAAGCUACCACUUUCACUUGAGGUCGAGCUACUGCUCUCACCCUCACUAUCACUUGUACUAAGGAUUUCAACUUCUGUCACUUCAUUGACGGUCAAUGCUUGUUUUUCAGAUUUUCUUUCCUGUUGAGAGAACGCUUGUCCUAUUGAAUACGCAACCCCAUUUUUGUCCAAUGGACUAGGAUUAUGGAGGUACUGAGUUGUUAUAUUGUGCAUGAGGAGAGGUUUCUUUGGUUUAGGGUACUAAACUUUGUUGGCUUUCCAGAGGAAUUUUAGUAACUUUCACUUUUGAGUUGGAUGGUAAUUCGGAAAUGCACAAAAAAGCACUUGCAGUACGCAACAAGUGAAAGCACUUCCAGUACGCAAAAAUGGCAGAAUACAAAAUUAAAAAAUAUAUCUGUGACUAGCUUCUGUUUUAAUUAGACCUCCUAUAAUUGCGUAAACUCCUAUAAUAUAUUGCGUCGGCAUUUGCUCAGCAUGGUUAAUGAGAGAAAAGAAAAGAAAGUUUUGAAGCAUCUAUUAAUGCGAAAUCUUCUUCUAAAGACUAAAAAACCAUUGCUCUAUGAUGCAACAUUUCCAAAUGUGCAUUUUAAUUAUUUUUAUUUCAUAAAUUUUACCAUAAAAUAUGUACAAAAAUUCCAGAAUAUUAUCCUCAUUGGGAGUCUCAUGAAGAACUACGUCCCAUCCCAUCUUUGAAUUUUCAUAUUAGUUCUCAUGGAAUAGGUAGCUUGUAUAUUCUUUUUUCCAAAUCUCAUGAGUAAGGAACAGUCACGAGUUCAGGAGAAAGAAACUAUGUACAUAGCAAAGUUGCAAAAUUUCUGAUCAUACGUUUCUUUUCUCUUUUUUUAAUUUACCGUUGCAAAGACUCACAUUUUUUACAAAUUGUUAUGAGUACUUAAUCAAAAGUAAAAGUAUUGAAAAUUUCACGUGAGUCUGUGCAGCAUGUUUGUGUGUAAAAAUAAUUGAAACAGGAGCGGGAGUGUUGAUUUUUGAUGUAACUGGGACUUUACUCAAAAAUAUGGUGCAAAUAUUGAGGAGCUACAUACCUGCUUACAGAAUCUGCAUCUGCUAAUUAUUGUAAGUGUGCUGGAUUCAGAAUAGUCCCUCAAUCCAGUCUCUGUCUGAAGGUGGUAGAUGAACCAUCAAUUCGCGGACAUCUGCUUUCUUAGGCGCUGAGAAUCCAGUUUGUGGAACCGGGUCUGGAAUAAUAUCUCUUAAAGAUGCUUUGUCCAUGACUCGCGCCUAUUGAAAUCUCCGGAGAGUAAUUUUUUGAACACUCAAUGUCUCCAGCACUAGUGUAUCUAAUGACUUUAUAUUGCAUUAUACUGAACUCUAUUUCCUUGUCAAAAGACUCAGGCGUUGUCAGGAAAAAUGGUGUCAAAGCAGACUCCCAAUCUAGUAAUAAGUUAGGGUCUAAUGGCCUGGUUACACGAUCAAAUUUCCGUCAAAUUCCGAUCAAAAUGAUGACCAAGAUGGCGGUCGAGAGUUAUCUAGAUUGAUGAGUAAAAUUAAGUAAAACAGCCUGUUGAUUGAAAUAAGCAUGAAAUAAGCAUGGUUGUGUGGAAAUCAGAUGAAGGAUGAGCCCCACAGCUCCAUCAUCUACGAUCAAAUGUUUGCAGGCCGCAGAAAUUUGAUGGUAGAUGGUGUGCAACAUUUGAUCGGAUAUUGAUGGAAAUGUGAGCGUGUAACCAGCACAUUACUCCACAUGAAAUGGUGAUGGAUUCUUCCUCGUGCAUGCUAUUGCCUCCAAAUAAAGGGCAGCAGUUCCAAUGACAGGCUUAUUUCCAGGUACUGUCGAAUGAACCCAAAAUUCAUAUCGCAUUGACAGAAAUAAUGAUAUAAAAACUAGGGUUUUUAUGUGUGGCUUUUCUUUAAUUUGCUGACAGAUACACUCAAAUAAGUAGGAUGCAACCGAAUUCCCAUCUUUCGAACCCAUGCAUUCCAUGCAGUAGUGAAAAUAUGCAUCGUCGUCGACAUCAUAAAUGUGAAUAUUAAAUGCAAAAAGCCAGAGCAUUCGUUUAUAAAACUAACUGUUCACGUUUAGUUAUAGAAUGGGAAAAUUUUGCGAAUAGUCGAAUUCACAUACUAAGUAGGAUUGGUCACUUUUCGCACGCUCAAUGAAGACUUUCUUCAGCGCCUGGUGCUGUUUAGCCAUGCGUUGGUGGAUCUCAUAAUCUAAUUGACAAGGGUCUUUGGAAUCCCUGGAUAAUGUUUCAAUACAUUCAGUAUUAUGAUAUAGUGGGUAUGGGGAUCAAUGAGACAUAUACGCGACGAUUUCUGCAAGAAGAGUGAGUAGUUUUAUUCCGUUUUACAUCCAAGGUGAGAGACCAGUUACAUGUUUUGAUUUCUUAAGAGAUGCGGGAAUUCGAAGAGACGUUCCAAAUUCCACUUACUGUUGAUGUUUCACAAUACACCACCUCAAUUUUGAAACGAUUAUUUGUGUAAACAAUUGGUAGGAAAAACUGUCUGUUUUGAAGAGGUGAAAUUUUUGUGUCAUGAAUUUUCUGACUCGUUGCAUCAUGCCCUUACGAGGCGUGUAUCUCUCUACUUCCUUGUUAUUGCCCUUACGAGGCGUCUAAAAUUUCCUAGGUCUCUUGUACAUUUGACUUAAGACUGUUUACAAAUAUUGUUGGUUAUAUCUUUCUUCUGAAAGGAAUAAACAGGUUAGACAUACAUCAUGAAAAAUUUGUAACACACAGAAAAGAAAUUGUUUUUCUUUCUUCUCUCGAGUCACUUUGAAAUUCUUUGAAUGAGGAAAGAAAUUAACCUUGAGACGCAUGACUACUUUUCUUUGGAAUCUGUUUUUUGAAAAUUGGACGCUAUGAAAAAAGGAAAAAGUUAUUUAAAAUCUAAAACUUUCUUUCACUCACUUUUUAUAUGAUUAUUAAAUAGAGAUAAGGUCAUUAAAAACAAUAUAGUUGCUGUAGUGGUUUUAGCAAGUAUGAGACCCACCACUUGGAUAUCAUAAUGUCAAAUAAGUUAAUGUAACAUCAUAUCAGUGUGUUUCUUAUGGCUAGGCUUAGGCAGGGCUUUUGUAAGCACAUCGGCUAUUAUAUUAGUGGUAGAAACAUGUUUUAAAAUGAAUUUUCCUUCUAGUACUUUUUUCCUAAUAAAAUGGUAUUUCACUUCUAUAUGUUUUGUUUUUGGGUGAAAUAUCGGAUUUUCCGCUAAGGUUUUUGCGGAUUGACUGUCUGUGAAAACAGUCGUCUCUAAUUUACUAUUUAGUAUGAUUUCACAUUUUAGGUUUAGGAAAAGUUCAUUAUGAAAAUUCUGUAGAAAACAUGCCAUUUUUGCUGCGGAAUUGAGUGCCAAAUAUUCACUUUUACAACUCAAUUGGCAAACAGUAGCCAUUUUUUUACUCUCCCAUGCUUUGGGUCCUCCAGCCAUAAAAAACCCAUAUCCACUGUAUGAUUUUCUAUCAAUUACGUCGUUUGCAUAGUCAGCGUCGGAGUAUGCUAGUAGCUUAGGUAUCCCUGGCUUGAACUUAUAAAUGAUUCAUUUAUCUAUGGUAUAUUUUAGAUAUCGAAGUACUCAUUUUGCUAAUUUCCAAUGGUUUUGUGUGGGUUUUCUAUUAAACUGACUGAGGUAGCUUACUGCAUAAGCAAUAUCAGGCCGAGUACAAACAACAAGAUACAUGAAUCCCCCAAUUAGGUUUUGAUAUGGGACGUCCUUAGCUACUUGCAACUCUUCGGUUGGUAUUACUUUUAAUGGACGAACUUGUUAUGGUGUGCCUAUAGGGUUACAGUCCGUCAUAUUGUAUUUUUUUAAAAGAUCUAAGAUGUAAGCUUUCUGAUUACGACUUAAAGUGCCUUUUGCGCUAUCAUGCUUUAUCUGUAUGCCCAGGAACUGUUGCACAGGGCCUAAGUCAACCAAGUCAAAUUUGCCUUUCAAAUCUCUUUUUAGCUGUUCUAGUUGUUCAUUUUUGUUCCAGAAAACUAAAAAGUCAUCAACAAAUAACGCUAUGAUUAAAAUUGAAUUAUUUGAUAUCUUAAAGUAAACACAAGCUUGCAGUACUGAUCUCUUAAAGCCUAGGGUUAAUAAUAUUUGGUUAAUUAAAUUGUACCAUUUUCUUGACGCCUGGCGCAGUCCAUAAAGAGAUUUCUGUAGCAAACAAACUUUGCUUUCGUUACCUUUACUCACGGUACCUUGCGGCUGCUCCAUGUAAAUUCGCUCGGAUAAUUUUUUGUUUAAAAGAGCACAGGUUGCAUCAUAAUGAUGUAUAUUUAGUUUUAAAGUCACUGCUAACGCCAAGAGGAAUUGCAUUACGCAGUAUCCAACUACUGGCGAAAAUGUUUCAUGAUAAUCAAUGCCCCAUUUUUGAGAAAAACCUUUGGCACAUAGUCUACUCUUAUAUCUCACGGUAUUGCCAUUUUCGUCUUUUUUCUUUUUAUACACCCAUUUACAUGUAAUGAUAUUUUGAUUUUUUGGUCGUUCUACUAAGAUCCAAGUUUUGUUUUUAAGUAAGGAUUCAUACUCUCUUACCAUGGCUGCUUUCCACUGUUCUGCUUCAUCUGAUUUCAGUGCUUGACAGUAGGUCAAUGGUUCGGUGUCAUCUUGUCCCAGCGUGAGCAUCGAGCACUGGUAAAAUUUUGGAGCUUGCCUGGGUCGAUCUGGAUACCUAUGGUCUGUGUCAUCAUCUUCAUCUGUGAUUUCAAUGGUUUCUUCGGCGUGGAGGUCACUAUCACCGGGUAGCCAGUUGGGGCCUUGGAUCAUUGUUUUUUCUGCGUACUCAUACUCGAAUCGAAAAGAUAUGCUAGGUCAGGGUCUAGUUCAUUAUCCUCUUCUUCUGCGGUCGCUCCGGUGUCAUCUUCUGCAUGUUCAGCAUUCUUUGUGAGGUUUUCGCCUUGAGCUAACUUGAUAUUUCUGAGUGUUGUUUUGGUCGAUUUGUGGAACGUUUUCUUCGAUGUUGCCAAUAGUGGCAAGCUUAUCUUCACGUUUAUUUCUUUUAUUUUCGAGUUCGUCUUCUUUAAAUUUGAUGUCCCGAGAGAUUAUUAUUUUGCGUUUCACUGGAUCCCAUAGCUAUACUCAAUAGGUGCAAGGCCAACUAAGACCUUUUUUUCGCAUCUGUCGUCAAGUUUUUUUAGGUAUCCAAGUUCUUUGUUAACUCCAGAUGUUAUAAGUGAAGCUAUUGCUUUAUCAAGUAGACUUCAAUUUAGCCUUUCCGAUUUUGAAUUUAAUUGGGGCGUGUAACUAGGCGUGUAGUCUAAAAUGAUGUCUUUACCCCAAUCUUUUGGUUCGUUUGACGAGUACUCGCCUCCAUUGUCACACCUAAACUUAUGAACUUCAGUACCCCAUUUUGCUUCUGCUUGUGCGAUAUAUUCACGCAUCACUGAGAAAACUUCACUUUUGGCGCUAAGUAGUUAAACUUCCACAUAACCGGUGUAGUCACAACGGAAAGAAACGUAAUAAGCCUUCUGGUCAUUUGUUUUUGGUGUGACUGGACCUCCUACGUCACUAACUAUGAUUUCUACAGGUCUCGUUGCAUUAUCUCUGCCUUCACCAAACGGUUUUCGCGCAGUUUUUGAUAAGCUUAUUUCAAAUUACAAAGAAGAGAAUACGCAUAGUCCAAGGUAAACUUCUGCAGGGCCAAAGUUUUAACGAAAGGAGAGGUCGUCAUUUGUAAGUCAUAGUUUAAAUCUUCAAGUGCUUGUUUUCUAGGGAUUUUUGAUGACAAAAAUUGAUCGGUUUGAGUAGCGCGUUCUUGAUAGGUUUUGACUGAAGUACUGGUCUCUAUUAAGCUUUCGUUAGUUGUGCAUAUUCGGGAAAAAUUGCUAUUAUUGGGUGUCGCAAGAAGCAAUCCAAUGUCAUCGCUGAGGAGAGAGCUACUGCCUGCGUCGGAUAGUCUAGGGGUACUAAUCUGUGUAGAGUUUUGUGGAAAGACAUCAGAUGAUGACAAAUUACUUGAAAACAAGUCAGCAUCAUUGAAAAGGACGGAUGUAGGAAGGGACUCUGAUAAUCUCAAUGAAUGGCUCUGCUUUUGAAGAAUAUUAGGUGUGUGUCCUAGAAGAUUACUACGAGGUAGAAAUGAAUGACCUACAGUCUUAUUUUCUGGGACUGGAACUUCUGUGUCUGUGUUCUGUGUUCUGUGUCUGUGGGAUCUUUAUUCUUUUUGACGGAGAGCUUUCAUCUGGAGGGAUGGCAUGGAAUGCUAACUUUUUCUUAGAUGUUUUAAGCUUAUUUGGUGACUUCUUCUCCUUAUCAAUGGAUGUCUGGAUAAUCUUGAUUUGCUUAUUAGGUGUUGCUUUGUCUUUUGAUGAAGAGCUACCAAUAAUAAAUUGGCUCUCAUUGCACUGUCUUUUAAAACAAUUCCGUUGUUCAAGAAUAUUACCUUGUGGACUUCUACAAGAUGACACAUGAGCACUGGCACCUACUUUGCUGUUCUCCUGCAGUUGUACAGGAACAUUCGAUGGUUCAGGCAGUAUAUUUAAAUGCAAUGUCGGAACUGCAUCCAGUUUGAGCUGUCUUCUAACUGUAUGUAAGUCCCUUAACAUACAUUGUUCAAAAUGUUUUGAGCAGACCUUCACAUUCGAGUAUAGAUACAACAGAUCUUUUUGAAGUAAAUCAUGGCGCUUGGUCCUUUGAAUCCAUUCAGCGAGCCUGAAAAAAGAUGGAGACAAGAUAAUGAUGACAUGAACAUUGCAGAAAUACUGAUUCAUAACUGAAAAAAGGAAGUAGAUAACUGAAAUUGAAGCCACUUGGCUCCACACAUGAAUUCCUGUAGGAGUGAAAAAUUUGGACGCAGUUUCCUUUAAACAGUAAUGUAUUGAAAUAACUCAUUGGUUUUUGCAGAAAUCUUGGAACUAACAAGUUUUUUGUAUUAUUGUCUCAUUUUCUGUACAUUACCUGUACCUGUAACCUGAAAUUUCAUCGUUUUUAUCGCAAUAAUCCUCAUCACAUUUUUUCCUCUUUGCUUCCAGCUCAUCAAUCUCUCCCUUGAGAAGUUUUCUCUUUUUUUUAGCAUCAUUCUCAUUCUGACUUUCCAACUGGUGAGAUUUCAGAGUCUUUUCGUACAGUGACCUUGAGCACCAAAUAAAACCAAGACAUUUGGAAUCCACUUUAAAAGUUUUUAGAUCCAAAUCUUUGACAUAGUCGCACACAAACCACUGAGCAAUCAAAGAAGUUUCUUUUAAGUUCCGAACUAAUAUCUUUUUGUUGGCAGAAAAACCUCUUUCUAACCAAGCAUUUUCAUGUGAAAGUACGCACACAAUUUUUACAAGUUUGAUUGAUUCACCAAAAUGUUCUGUAUUUUUCUUGAAUACAGUAUUGAUCCAAAACUCAUCUAGUCGGCAAGUUUCGGUUGAGUAAGAUUCCAUUAACUUCCUGAAACCAUGGCCGACUCCUUUUUGGCAGGUUUUGGCAAUUCCUUUUCGGAUGUUUUUUGAUGUGGAGGAAUGUGAUUAAUUUCUAAGACGGUCAACUUGUUGUUUGUUUUGGUAUGUGGUGUAGUCUGGGCACUGGAAAUUGCCGGGAAGUUACCAAAUUUCUUCUUUUCUCCAAAUUUGUAGUUGUCGCAAUAAGAAUUAGCUACUUGCCUUGCUUCUUACGCGCUGAUGUUCUUUUCUGCAACUAUACUGUUUAUUUUCCUUUGCGUCUUUCUUUCUGGGCAAUUUGGGCCAGUUGGGAGGUGUGCCUGUUUACAGUUAAUGCAUGUUGGUUUGGAGUCUUGCUUACACGGUCCAGGGUGGGCAGCGACUCCGCAUUGCCUGCAGGCCAUUUUGCCUCUGAAAAAUUUGCUGAAGUGGCCAUAUUUCAGGCAGUUAUUGCACUGAGUAAUUGGUUUGAUGUAUAAUCUGACGUCUGCUUUAUAAUAGUCAAACAUUACAUAGUCAGGGACUGUGCUUCCUAUGAAUGUUGCAGUUAUCAUUGGAAUAGGAAUUCUUUCGUUCCUCUCUCUAUCAAAUUUGAACAUGCGUUUGAUAUUAUAGAUUUGGAGUGAGGAUUCUAUAGUAUUGUAUUGUUCCUCCUCCGAGAAGUCUAUCGGAAUGUCUUUGAUGACACCUUUCGUGAGUAAUAUGUACUCAGGAAUAUAGCACCUGAAUGUAGAGUUUUGAGCUUGAAAAUUUGCUACAAAGCUGUUGGUUUCUAUCCAUGAAUCCAAUGUAACUUUUACGGUAUUCCUGUUAACCUUAGUAACUAGGAUUAUGCCCUUUGUUUGUUGGUUCUUCAAGAUUCUGCUUAUUUGCAUAGGAUGUAUAUUGGAGACCGAGUUGCUUGAAGUAUCAUUUUUUGUAAUAUGAACUAUGAAAGGGGCACUGCAGUCUUGGUUGUAAAAGAGGUUUCCUUGAGAUCCUUGAGAUACUGAGUUUGAACUCGAAUUAGAAGACUGUGUAUGAGGGAUUAAUUCCGGAGCUGGAAUAGUCGCCAUAUUGGAAAGACUUUCUUGUCACUACACUUCACUAAUGAGGGUUACUGAGCAAUGGAAUUGCACUGUUCUUUAAAAAACUUCACUAUGAGGAGUUAAGGCACUUAUGGGGAAGCACACUAAGUCAUAAAAGACUGAUUUAUUACCGAUAAUACACAAAAAAACAAAGCUAAAAAAAACAGAGAUUUUUUCAAAAACACAAAAUGCACUGAGAAAAAAAGAAAAAAAUUUACUGAGAUAUAUUAUUGCAAGAAAAGUAAGUAAAUAUGCGUAAAGAGAGAAACUUGUUAGAGAGAACGAGGGUUUGACAUCUUAUCCGAAUGCAGAAUUGAGACUUAAAGAGUUUUUUCUAAAAAUAGUACAUUUACACCACAGUUGAAUUGAGAGCAGAAAAAUUUUCUCAAAAUCAGUACAGCUCUUUUGAUGAGUUUAGAAAAUUAUUUUGAUUGAUGAUUUUCAAACACUAUAAUUGAAUGCCAAAAUAAUACAUAAAAGACACGAAAACACUGGAUGACGUAAAAUUCAUGAACUUUCAAAAACGAUCCACUACAUCAAGAAUUCCCAUUGCUCGGAAUGCAAUCUUCAUUUGGAACUUCCAUAGGGGAUUUGUGCUGGCAUCCUUCAGUGUCUCCACGUCGCGGAUCUCUAUUAGACGUGCGUUGGUGCUUGCCUCGUACGACAUCGAAUUUAUUGCGGAUUCACUUCGCAAGAGAGAGAAAGCGAGAGAGCGAGAAAAUGUUUAUUGCGGAUUCACCUCGCAAAAGAGAGAAAGCGAGAGAGCCAAAACAUGUUUAUUGCGGAUUCACUUCGCAAAAGAGAGAAAGCGAGAGAGCGAGGAAAUGUUUAUUGCGGCUUCACUUCGCAAAAAAUGUUUACGCGGGUUGCUUCGCGAAAAGAAAAAAAAUGUUUAUUGCGGCUUCACUCCGCAAAAAAUGUUUACGCGGGUUGCUUCACGAAAAAAAAAUGUUUUUCGUGGAACUCACUUCACGAAAAUUUGACCUCGCUAUGCGUGUAGUCGCGAAGCGUUCCGCACUGCUUCGAUGUCCCCUCUCAUUUUUUUGCACUUGUUCGCCAUAUAAAAGAGGAUAAUUAUUAGCAUUAGACCAAAAAUUAAUACAUAGUGUAUCAUAUCGUGAAGGUCUAGAUCGUUGGUAAUUGUAAUUUCAUUAUUAGAUCCGAACCAACUCAUGAUUACGCACUUGUUUGCUCUCGGCACUUUUGGAUCGAACUUCUAACACGAAUGAAUUUCUAGAACGCACUGUGUCGCGAUUCUGGGCCUCAUAACCUGUCGAGGAUGUUUUGAAAAUAUCGAGUGAAAAGUGGAUCACGGAUCAAGAUUAUGAAAUUUAUUGUUGAAUUACAUUCUUAUUGGAGAUGGCUUGGCAUGCUUUACUCGACUGACUAACUGCGCACUGCAAGUCCGACGGAUGCGGUUCCAAAAUGCUGCGCUUGCAUUGCAGCUCAAUGUUGCGCGAUUGGCGUGAAUGAAUUGCAUUAUUAGUUCCGUCAAGGUACAGUGGGGCCAAAUCCUAGAAUGGAAUUUAAGGACUUGAAAAUGCAAAAAAAAAAAAAAAAAAAAAAAGGAUGUUCAAGUACUUUUCAAGGCAGAAUAAGCUAGUUUUCCUACAUUCAUAAAAUGAAAUUUUAAAAUCAAGCAACUUGGAUAGCUCUGAUCAUUCCUGACACAAGAUUCAAAAUCCGUUCCAAAGUUGUUCCGAACAAAUUAUACUUUUUUAGCAUUUUUCACUGCCAAAUAAUCAAUUUCUUCUCUCUGGUGCAUUGUUUCCUCAGACUUAAAAUUUGUAUUAAUCUUGCUGGUCGAUCCCUGUUAUCUCUAUACCUUCUAAAUCACAUAUUUGUUAAAAUAAUUUGUAUGAACUAAUUUCACAAGAUGUCAAAGGAAAUGGAGUACAAUUAAGUGUUUAUAUUAAUAUUAAGAACUCAGAAUCUGUGGGUAUGAUUUAGAUUGAAGUGACUGUUAAAAAAUUGUGUUCAUCUCGUUGACAAUGGAGGUACUUUUUUAACCAAAUAACCAUUGGUGCAGUAUCAAGUUAGCUUGAAUAGCACCCAAAGCACUCCUAAAUUGAUGGUUAAAGUGCGAAACCAUGUACGCCGAUGUGCGAUGUUUUAGACUUCCUGUCAUACUUAAUUUUUCCUUGGAAAACUUGUCAACAUAAGUUUUUUAAAACUUCCUUGAUUUUUAUUCUCUAUUAGCAGAGUUUUCCUUGAGGAUUUCAAGUUUUUUUUCCACUUUCAUGCCAUUUAAUUGUCCAAAGUUCUUCUUUUCCUAGGUUUUUCUCGUGCGUUUUUUUUUUGUUAGAUAAAAUUUUUAUCUCAGAGAUUAAAAGAAAAAAAACUUGAAUGAAUCAUUGGCAAAGCAAGUGUGUAUGACAGCAUUUCAAAGUUGGAACUCAAAAUUAUUUUCAAUUGACCUUUUUGGCCAUACUUCCUAUGUUGAAAAAUGCAGUUGAGAACAAUUGCUCAGAAUUGAAAGGAUCUUGUGUGUGCUCAGUUUCAAACUGACAUUACAAGAAACAAUGUCCAUCAGCGGGUAGAAUGGCCUAAUUUUUCUUAUUUUCUUCUCAAAGAUUGAAGAUUUCUUCUCGUAUUUGCCUCCAAGUAAAGUAAAUUUGUAUAACUAGGUAUUUAAAAUUUUACUUUCUCAUUUCGCCGAAUCAUUUUUAAUAUGCACGCCUUCUAUAUUUUUUAUUCAGACUCCCUCGUUACAUCUGCAAGGUAACUAAAUGGUAAUACUCUGUAUGGUAACUAAAAAUUGAGUUGCUUCUCUAAACUGCUUGUUUAACACUGCGAUGCUCAAACCAGCAAAUUUUUUCUGUGGCAAAAUGUCAGUAAAUUACUCAACUAUGCUGUGGUACCAUUGUUUCAGUUUUAAGUUAUUAAGCACUAAGGCCUUCCUUCAGUGGACAGUCAAACUCGAUUUCAGCUCUUUUCUCAUUUUAAAUUAAAAGCUUUCUCCAAAUUGGAUACUUGCCUCUUUUUUAAAUAAUCCUGUCCGAGUAUUAUGAUUGGCCAAUCGAUGUCUCCAGUAUUUUGUAUCAAUAUGUGUUAACUCUUCAAUAAAUGAUUCAUUUGUUUUUUUAA